AUGAAUCCCAAAGAGUGGUCGCCAAUCGACCUAGAUGUGCCCGGCUUUGGCACUCUCACUGGUCUUUGCUUCGAUAACAAUGUCUGUCAGUACAUGGGUGUCCCCUACGCAACAGUACCAGGCCGGUUCCGCCGCCCGCAGCCAGUCUCGAAACCCUGGCCCGGUGGAAAAUGGGACGGCACUAAGCUCGGGCCGUUCUGCUCACAGCCGCCCCGAGACUUUUACCCUAUCCCCAGCCCAGAAAGACCGUGGGUAGACAACCCCAAAACGAGUUCCAGUGAUUGCCUUAGCCUGAACAUAUCCGUGCCUUCCAAACCGCCCGUUAAUGCAAGCCAGGGCCACUACCCUGUCAUGAUCUUUAUGCAUGGGGGUGCUUUUGUUUACGCUGCCGGCGGUGCUGCUAUAUACGAUGGUCGUGCACUGGCUGAUAUCUCACAACAACUCAAUGAGCCGACAAUUAUCAUUUCGGUCAACUUUAGGCUUGGGGUCUUUGGCUUCUUGGCAAGCAAAGAGAUUCAAGAGUAUAACCUUGAGUUUGGCGAAAGCGGCGUUGGAAACUAUGGACUCUGGGACCAGGUUGAGGCCCUUCGCUGGGUCCAGAAAAACAUCCGCGCCUUUGGCGGAGACCCAGACAGGGUCACGCUCUUUGGCCAGAGCGCUGGAGGUGUUUCCGCCAACGUCCAUCUUCUCCGCAACGAACCACUCUUCUCGUCUACAAUCAUCCAGUCAGGGCUGCUUCCCCUCUGUGGAGUUAUGACAGUUGAACAGUAUCAAGUUGUCUACGAUAAAAUGCUCACAGAACUCGACAUUCCCACCGAACUACCACCGAGAGAACGUCUGAAGCGUCUAAUAGAAAUGGACGAGGACAAAGUCACAGCGGCCAUGGUACCCGUCUGUGUCAUUCCCGUCAUAACCUUCAGCCCGUGUGAUGACAAUGUCCUCAUCGAACAGCCCAUGCCAAAAUACAGCGACUAUUCCAGUUUUAAAGCGCCAUCUUGGUGCCAACGGAUCAUCAUUGGUGAUGUAAAGAACGAGUGCGUUAUUUGGAACAAAAGUUUCAGAUCCCUUAACUCGAAAGAGUUCACGGACAGGGUCUAUUCCUUCCUUGGCUCAAAGGAGAAAGCGGACAAACUUCUUUCCCUUUACCAAGUUGAUCCCUCAGCAAACAGUGAUGACAACUUCUGGAAGAUGGAAGAAUUUACGACACAUGGCCUCUAUUCAGCGGUGAACUGGUCAUUGAUUCGGGCAUACCCUACAGUAUAUGCAUAUCAUUUUGACGUGCCUUCUCCCUUUGACAACGACUGGAGUGGACUGGCCCAUCAUUCGCUUGACAACGUGUACAUCUGGUCUCUUCUUAGCCAGCAUCUCCCAGCUUCACAUCGCCAGGUCUCAGCUCAAAUGUCCAAGAUGUGGAUUACAUUUGCUAAUGGCAACGAUCCUUGGGAGAGGUUCGAUAAGAGUGGCAAGAUCAUGGUCUUCCAACCCGAAGAAGGCGUGCUCAAGACAGCCGAGGCAGACAGCGCACGAGGAUACAAGAAGUGGGAAGAAAUUGAGCGCAUUGGUCUCCUCAAUGACUUCUAUCGUCUGUCUGAUGAGCUUUGUAUGAGAAGAGAAGAGUUGACGAAUGCUGCAGUAGCACCAAGAGCACUUCGGGUAGAUAGCAUGGAAGCUUACGGCAUUAAACCCAAGCCAAGGGCUGCCGAUAACUAA